AUGAAAAAUAAACAAUUAUUAAAAAUAAAAGAAUAUAAAAAAUCAAAUAAAUACUGGUCAGAAAAGUCUGAACUCAAUGAUGAUUUAGAAUAUGAAAAUGAUAGUAUAUUUUUUUCAAAAUCAAAAUCAUUGAAAAGAAAAAAAGAAAAGAGUAAUGAAAACGAUAAUCUUCCAAAAUUCAGUCCAGAUAAGCCAUAUUAUGAAAUUUUUGUCGAUGAAGUAGUCACUAAAACCAUUUAUGUAACUGAUUAUGACAUUUGCUAUUGUGAUAUAAAUAAAAAAUACUACUACAAAAUUCCCCUUACUCUUGAAAAAUUUUCAAUAAUAGAUCUGUUUGAUGCACCGGAUGAGGAAUUAGUACUAAAGCCACCCAAACCAACAACUCCAGUAUCACCAUCAUCAACUGAUAAUAAUUAUAAUCAAGAUAUUACAAAAAAAGAAGAGUAUACAGAUGAUAAUAAUUACAAUAUCCUUGCAAAACUCAGUAAAGAAUUUAAAUUAACAUUAGAGAAUCUAAUAAAAGAUAUAAUGGCCAAAAAGAAAAUGAAAAUUGCUUGUUUACUUAAAUAA